UUUGAGUUCUCAUCGAAUUCUGUUUCAUUCGAGUUCGCUUUGGAGAAGUUUUCUCAAAUUUCUUUCAACUUCAACAUGGCCCAAGAAGCUAUAAAGAAAAAAAAGAUGGACCUGUCCAAGGCUGAGCGCGGCAUUUGGCUGGUCAAGGUGCCCAACUAUGUGGCCGAGCUCUGGGAGAAGUCGCCCAGCGAGAUGCAAGUGGCAACAAUGCGCAUGCAAAAGUCGGAAACCGGAAACACGGAACCGGCCAAGGUAAACUUGAUUCUCAGUCCGGAACUGAUGCAAAUGGCUCCAGGUAAGCCGAUAGCCGCCGAGCACGAGCUGAAGCUGUGCAAGACCAUCAAAGGCGCCAGGCUAACGGGCAUAUUCUCAACCAUCGACGACUCCGACUCGGCCAUGGAGGGCUGGAUAACCCACAAGAUGGAGUGCCUGCCCGUGUGCAAUGAUCAAUAUUUGAAAAUGAAACAGCAUUCGUUGCGGGGCGUGAAACCCACGCGCGUCGCCGAGCCACUCAAUAACAUUGUGAAGAACUAUAAACCUGUCAGCAAUCAUGCUCACAACAAAGACGAUAACAGACGCAAGAAGGAUGGCGCCUCGAAGACGCUAAGCAAGGAAAACAUAAUGGAUAUGCUCUUCCAGGCCUUUGAGAAACACCAAUAUUAUACGCUGAAGGAUCUGCAAUUCAUAACCAAGCAGUCGGUGUUCGUGCUGAAGGCCAUCCUCAAGGAUAUAGGCGACUACAGCAAGGACCCGGCUCACAGGCAGAUGUGGGAGCUAAAGGAAGAAUAUCGCCACUACCAACAGCCCGAUGAAACCAAGUAAAUCAAAUCUGAAUUGUAUAAAUAUGCUUGGCGUGCUCCACUAAAUAAUAUGUAAUUAAAAUAAUUGCCAUUAUGACACCGCACAAAAAAUGAGGAGGUAUCU